AUACAUAUUUCUCUGUAAUUCGAGAUCGAGAUACGAACCGUACUUCUGUCAGUGAACUAUGUAAACAAAGUUUAUGCGUUAAAAAAAGAUUUAUUUAUUUUUCUAUAUUUAUUUAAAAAUAAAUGCAAACUAUGCUGGAUGACAUAGAAGUAAUACCCAACUUGGAUAUUAAUCAAGUUGGUAAAUUACUUCCCGAUGAAGUAAUAAAAUUUAGCGAAUCAAUUGGGCAUUUGAGUGUACUUAAAUUAGGCAAAAGUCCACAUUAUUAUGAGGAGGUGGUCGUUUGCGAUGUUUAUUCGCCAUCUCUUUUUUGGGUUCACUUGAGAAAAAAAUUGCAAAAAUUUGAAAAAUUCUCGAAGGAAUUACAUCAGUUUUACGAAGCAGAAAGUGAAAAAUAUCGUAUUCCUUCCAUUGCAAUAAAAGUAGGCUUAAAUGUUGUAUGUUUGUUCGGUAAAAAGUGGCAUAGGGGAAUAAUUAAAGGAAUUCUGCCGGACGGACAUUCUUACGUAUUUUUCUACGACUACGGAACAAUAGAAAAUUAUUAUCCUCAAGAAUUAUAUUUUUUAAAUCACCGUUUUGCGUAUUUGCCUGCACAAGCAAUACUCUGCAGUUUAAAUAAUGUAAAACCAAUAAACAAAGAAUGGAAGAAAAAUAUUAUUGCCGAAUUUAUCUCAAAAACAAAAUAUCCCCUUUGUGCGGAAGUUGUCACAAAAAAUGUCGAGGAAAAUUCAAUGUCAGUCAAUCUGAUUGAUACUAGAGGGGAAGAUGAUGUUAACAUUAACGAUUGGCUGCGAGAAAAAGACUAUGCCAUAAAAGGAAACAUGCCUUGUCAAGAUGACAGAAAUUUUUCUUUCACUUAUUACAAGAAAUGUCUUAUUCAACUUGGCUACAGUCCAUCGAUAAUUUGCAAUUUAAACUUUAAUUUCGAAGAGCCGGUAAUAAAUUCUAUAUCAAAUUUAAAUAAUUCAGAAGCUAUUGAAAGUUUUAUAUCAAGUGAAGAUCUAUCAAAUGACAAUCCCACUUCGAUUGAAUCAGGUGACAUUUACGAAAUUACUUAUAAAAAAAAUCAACUUAAAGCACAGGAAUUGACGAAAAAAAUCAUGAAUGUUUGCCAUCUACCUCGCGCAUGUCCGCCACCUAAUAAAGUACAAUCAAAUUAUAAGGAAACAUUUAGAACUGAAAGAAAAAAAAUUGUAUCACAUUCUAAUGAUGAUUUUAAAUUUAUUAAAAUUGAACAUAUUGAAAAAAAUUAUCCCCAAAAUGUACAAACCGGUACUUGUGAUUUGCCACAAUUUUUAAAGAGGACAAUGCAUUUACUCGACAAAAGGGAAGAAAAAAAAACACGUGAUAAUUUAAGAAAUUCUUUGAACUUUAUAGAAAAAGAAGAUUCACCGGAAAGAGAGAAUAUAUUACAGAUUUUGAAUCUUUAAAAAUAUCGCAAUAAUUGAAUAUUUUUUGUACCUUUUUUGCAGGAUUUAAUUUUUUUUUUUUUGUUUGUUAAUUCUUG